AUGAGGGGAAUGGCGCCGACUGCUCUCGCGUCACGCUUUGGAGAAUCGGUCACUGCGAACGCUUUCAGAUCGUAUCUCGCCGAGUUCAUCUCCACAUUCUUUUAUGUGCUUGCCGUCGUCGGAUCCGCCAUGUCUUCCCGGAAGAUGUUGCCGGAUGCGGCAACUGAACCAUCGAGUCUGGUGCUGGUGGCGAUGUGCAACGCGCUGGCGUUGGCGACGGCAGUGUACAUAUCAGCAAGCAUAUCGGGAGGGCAUGUGAAUCCGGCGGUGACCUUCGGGAAGGCGGUGGGAGGCCACAUCAGUGUCCCGACGGCCCUCUUUUACUGGAUUGCCCAAAUGCUGGCCGCUGUCAUGGCCUCUGUCCUCUUGAAAGCCGCCACAGCGGGUCAGGCAGUGCCAACGUUCAGAAUUGCAGGAGAGAUGACAGGAUUUGGAGCAUCGAUGCUCGAAGCGUUCCUGACGUUUGCUCUGGUGUACACCAUUUAUGCUGCCGGAGACCCAAGGCACGGUCAAUUAGAAGCUAUCGGGCCCAUCAUUAUCGGGUUCGCCGCGGGGGCCGGAGUCCUGGCGUCCGGGCCGUUCUCGGGUGGCUCCAUGAAUCCAGCGUGCUCCUUCGGGUCUGCUCUCGUGGGGGGCAGCUUCAAGAACCAGGCAGUGUACUGGGUCGGGCCUUUGAUUGGAGCUGCGGUGGCGGGUCUCCUCUACGACAAUCUAGCGUUUGCUGCUCCGGCGGCGACGGCAGAUCCGAGCGGUAGGGGGAUGUCGGCUGGAUCUGGGGUCUAA